AGAGAAAGAGAAAGGAAGGAGCCGGCGGGCCCUGCCUGUGUCUGAGUGUGCCAGUGUGAGUGAGUGUGAGCGCGGGGCCCUGCCUCUCCCGCUGCCCCAGCUCAGGGGCCCGGUGGCCUUGGGAGGGCGGGCGUGCGGACUACUCCGAGGCCGAGGCAGCUAGAGGCGGCGGCGGGGUGAGCCGAGGAGGAGGAGGAGAGAGGAAAGAGCGGAGCAGCCAUUGUUGAGGGAAACCUUGCAAACAAAGAAGGCUCCGAACACCCUGCGGCCCCCUGCUCCCCAGGCCGGUCCCCUGGACCCAGGCCCCCGGCCCAGUGGCCACUGUAACUUUCCCCCCGGUCUGUGGACGCUGCGGGGCGGGCGGAGGCUGUGCCCGGGAGUCUUUGUGCGGCCUGCGGAGUGGAGCUCCCAGCCAGGCCGGCCUGUCCCACUCAGGACAUGAGCGGCUGAAGUUGGCCCCACCUCAGUCCUCACCCUUGCCAGGGCCCCUCUGGGCUUCCAGACGCUCCCCGCACCUCCCCUGGCCCCCUCAGUUCUCCCAGGUUGUUCCUCAAAGUCAUUCAAGCUGUACUCACCGAAGGAGCCCCCGAACGGCAACGCCUUCCCUCCCUUUCAUCCCGGCACCAUGCUGGAUCGGGAUGUGGGCCCUACUCCCAUGUACCCGCCUACAUACCUGGAGCCUGGGAUAGGGAGGCACACACCGUAUGGCAACCAAACUGACUACAGAAUAUUUGAGCUUAACAAACGGCUGCAGAACUGGACAGAGGAGUGUGACAAUCUCUGGUGGGAUGCUUUCACGACUGAGUUCUUUGAGGAUGAUGCCAUGCUGACCAUCACUUUCUGCUUGGAGGAUGGACCAAAGAGAUAUACCAUUGGCCGGACCCUGAUCCCACGCUACUUCCGCAGCAUUUUUGAGGGGGGUGCUACCGAGCUGUAUUAUGUACUUAAGCACCCCAAGGAGGCAUUCCACAGCAAUUUUGUGUCCCUUGACUGUGACCAGGGCAGCAUGGUGACCCAGCACGGCAAACCCAUGUUCACCCAGGUAUGUGUGGAGGGCCGGUUGUACCUGGAGUUCAUGUUUGACGACAUGAUGCGGAUAAAGACGUGGCACUUCAGUAUCCGGCAGCACCGAGAGCUCAUUCCCCGGAGCAUCCUUGCCAUGCAUGCCCAGGACCCCCAGAUGCUGGAUCAGCUUUCCAAAAACAUUACCCGGUGUGGGCUAUCCAAUUCCACUCUCAACUACCUCCGACUCUGUGUGAUACUGGAGCCCAUGCAAGAGCUCAUGUCCCGCCACAAGACCUACAGCCUCAGCCCCAGAGACUGCCUCAAGACCUGCCUUUUCCAGAAGUGGCAGCGCAUGGUAGCACCUCCCGCGGAACCUGCACGGCAACAGCCCAGCAAACGGCGGAAACGGAAGAUGUCUGGGGGCAGCACCAUGAGUUCGGGGGGUGGCAAUACCAACAACAGCAACAGCAAGAAGAAGAGCCCAGCCAGCACCUUCGCUCUCUCCAGCCAGGUACCUGAUGUGAUGGUGGUGGGGGAGCCCACCCUGAUGGGCGGGGAGUUCGGGGACGAGGACGAGAGGCUCAUCACCCGGCUGGAGAACACCCAGUUUGACGCGGCCAACGGCAUUGACGACGAGGACAGCUUUAACAACUCACCUGCACUGGGCGCCAACAGCCCCUGGAACAGCAAGCCUCCUUCCAGCCAAGAAAGCAAAUCGGAGAACCCCACAUCACAGGCCUCCCAGUAAAGGCUCUACCAUGGCCACCUAGCGCUCUGCCUGCCUGCCCCACCCCUCACAGUCCCGGGGAGCAGAAGACAGAAUGAAGAGACUGAGCAUCUAAAAUGGGCAGCCUCCAUCCACCCACUUCAGGGAGGAACUGGACUCACUGGGGGCAGGUGCCAAGAUUUGCCCCCUGAUAGCCCUGGGCUGGGCCUGGCCCCUGCAGAGCCUUUUGGGGGAAGGGGUUAUUCAUGUGGAUACCUCUGUGGACCCUGGGCCCCUGAGAAAUGUCCUGACCCCCUUCCCCAGGGCAUUUGCCCUCAUUUUCACCCCAGGUUCUGGGUGCCCCAUCAUCCUGACUUAACCCUUUGAGCCCGGGGUUGUCUAUACCCACAGCCCUUAGGGGCUUAAAGUUAUGGAGCAUAGUUGAAUGCCCCUCCCCUAGGCGGCUGAUAAUAGAGGGGUAAAAUUCUGGGCUCUUCCCUUCUUCCACUUACCAGUUCCAAGUUUUUAAAAAAAA